GGACGCGCGCCCGGCCCAGGAUUAGCUCCACGGGGACGUCGGGAUUGUUGCCGACGCUGGGCACCACAGAAGGAGGAAGGAUGGGAGACCAGGGUGACGGCUGCGGCAGGCGGGGGCCUGGCACCUCCGAGGACACGGCCCCCCGGGAACGCUCGCUGAGGCCUCUGGAGGAUGAGCAGCCGGGGACACGGCCCCCUCCCCGCCCAGCUCGGGGUCACGGCCCCCUCCCCGCCCAGCUCGGGGUCACGGAUGGCCUCGGUGGCCCAGCGCCGUCUCCAUGGGGACGCGAGCAUCGGCCAGCCCUGACCUCCGGGAGCCCGGGAACCUUCAGGACCCAAGGGAAGGCGCGCAGCAGCGGGGCAGGGAAGUGCCGGCCCCGCCCGGGCUGUCACGUGGGCCCCCGGCCAUGUGACCCUCCACGUGACUCACGUCGGCGGGGGCCGCAUCCAGACAUGAGGCGGGAGCCGUGCGUCCCCGCGGCCUGGCCGGCCCUGCGGUGGGCCCUGGCCCUGCUGCUGGCGCUUGGGCUGCGCGGCCCCGCGGCCAGGGGUGAGGUCGGGGCCCACAGGGUCGCAGACCCCGGCUUCCGGGAGGGCUACUUCGAGCAGCUGCUGGACCACUUCAACUUCGAGAGGUUUGGCAACAAGACCUUCCGCCAGCGGUUCCUGGUGUCAGAGAAGUUCUGGAAGAGGAACGAGGGGCCUAUAUUCUUCUACACGGGGAACGAGGGGGACGUGUGGUCUUUCGCCAAUAACUCGGGCUUCAUUCUGGAGCUGGCCGCGCGGGAGGCAGCCCUGGUAGUCUUCGCAGAGCACCGGUACUACGGGAAGUCGCUGCCAUUUGGCGCGCAGUCCACGCAGCGCGGGCGCACGGAGCUCCUGACGGUGGAGCAGGCCCUGGCCGACUUUGCGGUGCUGCUGCAGGCGCUGCGGGCGAGCUUCGGGGCCCAGGACGCCCCAGCCAUCGCCUUCGGCGGGAGUUAUGGGGGAAUGCUGAGUGCCUAUAUGCGCAUGAAGUACCCUCACCUCGUGGCGGGGGCUCUGGCAGCCAGCGCACCCCUCAUAGCUGUUGCAGGCCUUGGGGACUCCUACCAGUUCUUCCGGGAUGUCACCGCAGACUUUGAGGGUCAGAGUCCCAAAUGUGCUCAGGGAGUGCGGGACGCGUUCCGGCAGAUCAAGGACUUAUUUCUACAGGAAGCCUACGACACCAUCAGCCGGGAGUUUGGCACCUGUCAGCCACUCUCCAGCCAGGACCUGACCCAGCUGUUUGCGUUUGCUCGCAACGCCUUCACCGUGCUGGCCAUGAUGGACUACCCAUACCCCACCAACUUCCUGGGCCCUCUUCCGGCCAACCCUGUCAGAGCUGGCUGCGAUCGGCUGCUGAGUGAGAAACAGAGCAUCGUGGGGCUCCGUGCACUGGUGGGUCUGCUGUACAACUCCUCAGGGACCGAGCCCUGUUACAGCAUCUACCGGCAGUACCGCAGCUGUGCAGACCCCACGGGCUGUGGCUCCGGCCCUGACGCGGAGGCCUGGGACUAUCAGGCCUGCACCGAGAUCAACCUGACCUUUGCCAGCAACAACGUGAGCGAUAUGUUUCCUGAGCUCCUGUUCACCGAGUCACUGCGCCAGCAGUACUGCCUGGACACGUGGGGCGUGUGGCCUCGGCGGGACUGGCUGCGGACCAGCUUCUGGGGGGCAGAACUCAAAGCUGCCAGCAACAUCAUCUUCUCCAACGGUGACCUGGACCCCUGGGCGGGGGGCGGGAUACGGAGCAACUUGAGUGCGUCAGUCAUCGCUGUUACAAUCCAGGGGGGAGCCCACCACCUAGACCUCAGGGAGUCCAACCCAGCAGACCCUGCGUCAGUUGUGGAGGCUCGGAAGCUUGAGGCUGCCCUCAUCCAUGAGUGGGUGAAGGCAGCCAGAAGGCCGUGGUAGGCUGUGUGGCCCAGGGGCCGAGGGCCAGCUGGCCCCUCUCCAAGUUCUGUCCCGAGGCAAGGAGGAAACUUGAAUGGGAGGGGUCUUAGGUUCUGUCACCAGACGAUCCCACAUAGGACAAAGAGCCGAGGGAAGAUGAGUCUCAGCUGAAGCCCUUGUCCCCCACUUGCUGAUGGGAUCUUCCUGACCUUGCUUCAUCCCCCCGCCCCCACCACCAAUGCUGGGUCCACAGUUGCCGGUGGGUGUGUAGCCCACCUGAGGGGGAUGCUGGGGCUGAAUAAAGCGUCUGGUUCUCUGGUCGAGA